AUGGAGGGGAUGGUCUUGUGGUGUGGAUGGGACGAGAUGGCACUAUUUGCGGUGUUGGCUCGUAAGAUAUGGCAUAGAUGCAAUGGGGUUUUUCAUGGAGAAGAUUUUAUCCAUCCUAAUAGACUUAUUAUUGAAGCAGAGGAAAACCAAUGUCUUUUCUUGGUAGCACAUGCGAGCCCAGUUCAAAUCAAUACGAAUUCAUCCCGUGUGAAGUGGCAGGCUCCACCUUUUGGAAGAUAUAAAGUGAACUGGGAUAUUGCAAUCGGCUCAGACCAAAAUCGAAUGGGUAUUGGAGUUUUGGUUUGUGAUCAUCAUGGAUUGGUGCAUGCUUCUUUAUGCAAAACUUUACUAGUUCUCUCGGAACCAGCAUGUGCAAAAGCAAUGGGAGCUUUAGCAACGGCUAAAUUUAGCAAGGAUUUAGGGGUACAAGAUAUCAUUCUUGAGGGGGACUGUCUCCAAGUGGUAAAAACUAUUAAAUCUUCUGACCCUUGUUGGAGCCAUUAUGGACAAACAAUGGGGGAUGCUCGUAUGGUCCUCAAUACACGGAGGAACCGGAUGAUUUACCAUGUGAAGAGAGAAGCCAAUGCAAGAGCACAUGGGCUUGCUAAGGCAGCUAGCUUUUUGUACAUCCGUGAAGUUUUCUACUAUGCACAAAAAGCUGUGCUUCAUCCAGCAGGUCUACUAUUUGAUCAGGAAACACAGACUUUGAUGAGGCCCAGAUUUGUUCGAGCCUUGAAGCGGAUAUUUUUCCUUUGUGACCAUGAUAGGGACGGUGCCCUCAAUGAUGCAGAGUUGAAUGAUUUUCAGGUCAAAUUUUUCAAUGCUCCAUUACAACCUUCUGAAAUAGUAGGUGUUAAGAGGGUUGUCUCUGAAAAAUUGCGUGAAGGAGUCCAUGAACGUGGGCUUACUUGGACGGGUUUCCUUUUUCUUCAUGCACUGCACAUAGAAAAAGGGCGUCUUGAGACAACAUGGACUAUUCUAAGAAAAUUUGGAUACAACAAUUAUAUCAAACUUGCAGGGGAUGUCAUCCCAUCAACUUCCAAACGAGCUCCUGAUCAGACUGUGGAGCUGACGAAUGAAGCCACCGAGUAUCUGAGAGAAAUCUUUGGAUUGUAUAGUACCAAUCCUGGGACAAAAAAGACCCUUGUAUUGAGAGAUAUACCUGAAGACAGAGUCUCUAAACUGCUCUCAGAUAAAGAAUCUUUGGCUCCUUGUGAUGUAGCAGUGUUUGUUCAUGACAGUUCUAAUAGAGCAACUGAGUUGCUGGUAGAAGUUGCUAGUCAUGGUGAAGAUACUGGCUUUGAGGUGCCUUGCCUCGUUGUCGCAGCUAAAGAGGAUCUGGACUCUUUUUCCAUGGCUACACACAAUUCAAAUAGGGAAAUAAUUGGUCAGACGAGUUUGCUGAAUGGUGAAGUUCCAAAACUUGGACAAGGUUUGUCAGGACAUGGGAAUAGUGGAUCCCAACCUAUCAGUACGAAGUCGGGCAAUCUCGAUAAUAUAUUUUGUAGGAUUGUAAGUGCUGCAGAACACCCUCAUAUGAGAAUUCCUAAGGCUAAAACUGAAGCUGGGAGAAGCCGCAAGCAAUACAGACUUAUAAACCACUCACUUAUGGUAUUUUCAGUUGGCGCUGCGGUGGCAAUUGUUGGACUGGUACUCUGGCGGCAAGGAAUAAUGCUUCCCGUUAAGGGAUCGUAGUUUGGACGUCAAUCAGCUUAAUUUAGCUCUUCCUCAUCAUAUUAUGUAUUUACAGUUUGCUUGUGCUACGAUUUGUCAUCUUCAAAACCACCCACCUUGUUAGGUUUUUUGAGUAGCUGCGUCCUAAAUUACCAUAAUUUUCUGUACCUUGUAUAUAUAUUUGUACUAAAAAGGCUAAUCUGGCCUUCAUUUCUGG